GUUGAUCCAGCAAUCCCUGCUGCUUCAGCAACACACAUAAUACACACCGGUGCCCUACAGCUCUACGUUGCCUGGACUAUGAAGCAGACCUCUUUCUUGUGCCUGUCUGGCCUGGCAGGAUCGCUGGCUUUCGUACCUUCCACCAACGUGGUCCCGAGCAGCGCAUGGACGAGCCGGUCAAGCGGCUGGACUAACGCGGCCGCGGAUGCCGGAUCAAGGCGAGGGGUCCCGGUGUGCAUGGCGGCGACACAACCGAAGCCCGGCCCGGAGGUGAUGGGCCUCAACCUGGGAAAGCCUGCCCCAGUAGAGACCCCGGAAGAUUACGUUUACGAGCAGUUCAUCCCGGACACGCCCAUGACGAGGAAGUUCGGACACCUCCGCGGAGCUAAGGUCAAGACCGUUUCGGAGACCGUCGCUGACUUUUACAAAUACUACAAGAAGGUCGUCCUCACGCAGUUCCGCACGAUCGUGACCGAGUACCUCCAGAGCACUCACUUGACCGUGUACGAUGCACGGUUCAAGUACGACCCGUUGUUCGGCGUCGGUUUCUACACGAGCUUCAUGAGGUUCAUGCGCGCCUACCCCGUACCGGGGCAGGCAGAGCUGAUCUUCGAUGCUGUCGUGAAGGCGAUCGGGAACGGGCUCGACCCUGAUCAGAUGAGGAAGGACACGACCGCCCUCAAGGAGUGGGCCGAGGGGAAGACUGAGGAAGACGUGAUGGAGAUGAUCAAGUCGGACGACAGGAGCAACAUCGUCACUGACGGAUUCUACGUGGCGCGGACGGGCCUGGGUCCGUUCGGAGAGGGUUGGGAGGAGAAGGGCGAGGACGUGGACUGGUUCCUGUACAACCGCUUGUGGGGAGUGGGUGUGUUCACCCUCAUGGAGAACAUCGGCCUUGAGCCGACGGAGGAGCUCCUGGAAAAGUGGUUCGCCGUAGUGGGGACAUCAGCCGCGGGCGCAGCAAAGGACUUGAACCUCUACCAAGAGCAAAUCGGGAAGAUCGAGCAGGCAGAGCUGCUGUUCAAGGAGAUCGAAAUCCGGGAGAAGAAGCGCCUCGCCGAGCGCCUGGAGGCCAAGGCGCAGGAUGCCAUCAAGGCGGCCGAGAGGGCAGAACAGGAUGCCAAGAAUGAUGCGGAGGAGGAGGAGCGGAUCAAGAACGCGAAGGAGGGGGACGUAUUGCCCAACGACCUUCCCAAGGACAACUAACCCGUCAAGUACCUCUAGAGUCCGCUUUGUUUUCUAUUUCCGCUGCUGCUGCUGAUGCUGAUGCUGAUAUCAGCGAUGGAUCAUGAUGUCGUAGAAGAAGCAGGUUCGUUCUUGUCCCUGUUUUUUGUUCCUCCUCGGGGUGUGCACAUGGCCACCGCUAGUAGCCUUGUUUGGUUGUUUUCUGUGGAUGAUGUGGUUGUUGUCUUCUUUGAUGUGUCCUUCACACCCUUCAGUGUGUUGCCUCGUCUUAGCCCUUUGCCACGGGCAGGCUGAUUGAGGCCCAUAGACUCCCCUGAAAAGCUCCUUCCCAGUUCCUACUCUCAUGAACUGAAUCACGAGAUAUGUGAACCAGGACGGGCGGGCUGAUGCAUGGAUUGAGUUUGCACCAUGAGUAGUCAUAACGUUGGCUCUUACUAGAGUUUGUGGGCAUAUGAUGCCGCCCGUGUUUCGCGUUGAGAGUAGGGAUCAACUCAACCAUUGUGGCAGCUGAAGGUUGGGAGGGCUGCCUACAGAAUGGCGGUCCGUCUUAGUACUGUCGUGGCUCCGCUAUAGAAGGAGAGUACCUUACAAGAGGGGGCUCCGAUGGAAGACGGUCGAAAGUUGUCGAGGGCUCGACCCUCUAUAAGGUAGUUGAGUACUCUCUUAUUCCGGUAUAAGAGGGGGCUCCGAUAUAUGAAGGUCGAGGCCUUUUGUCACAACACCCCCUUAUAUCUGAGCCACGACUGUGUGUGGAUAUCUGACGUGCGUCAGGAUAACUAGGUGAGGGUGUACGGUGUUUUCCCUACGUAUCCAUCUCACCAACACGCGUGGGGCAAAAAGUGGCAAGGCAUCCUCUGUAGCGAGGUGAUUUACCGUAAAAUGGUUGCUUGACACGGCACUGGGUGAUUUUAUUUGACCAAUAAGGCGUUACGCCCUGGUUUCCGGCGGAAGUGGUGCGGGAAGUCUGGGGGGCGGGGUGGGGGGGGCUAGACGAUGGCGGCUCUGGUUGGACAUGUCCGCGGUUGCACGUACGAGCGAUAUCGGCUUUGCGUGUGCAUGACUUGCUGUUUUUAGGGUCGGUCGGGGCUGACCCCAAGAAACGGCGGCAGCAACACAGCUGCUAUCUAGAGAUGAGAAAGGGGGGCCCGCUGCUACUUCCGAUAAUGAAAGGUUCUGUUUAUGCAUCGCUGAGGUGUAUAUUUUUUUUUUCAUGUUGAGCGAUGGUUGUUGUGCCGAAUGCCAAGGGCAUGGCAGAAUGAUAAGACACAAAAAUACCCAAAAUACCAAAAAAUCGGCAUUUACCACGCGUAAUGUAGUACGGAGAUCACAGGAACAAGAAAAGGUGAAUACUCCGGGGGAUAAACGAAGUGUGUCACUGGGUAUGGUAAGCAUUAGAGUGGGGGACUACGGUUUACGUGCGACUACCCUGGAACUGGUGGUACAACAGGGGGUAAUUCAACGAUCACCCUCUCCUAGUAUGUUGCGGGGUCCGCUCGCUGGCCGUGCGAGCGGUGUUCCAGUCAGGGGAAGGGGCACGCGGGUGAAGGAAGUAAGUACGAGGAGUGGGUGGGAGAGCAAUAUAAGGCUGACGAUGGUGUUGAGCCAAACAAAGCACGACGAAAACGGGAUUGCAAGCAAGGGAGGAAAAAACACAAG